AUGCUCCAGCGCUGGGGGGGCUCCGGGAGGAUCCCGGGAAAGUUUCGGGAGCGCGGGGAAAGCGCCGGGAAGCGGCUCCGGCUGGAUCCGGAGCCUGAGGAUCUCCGGGAAGAGGCGGAUGCGGGAAAAGGGGCCAUGAGAGGACACGAUCCCGCGGGAGGGGAGCGCGAGGAGAUGGCGACGGUGGAUUCCACCUCCAGCCGCGGAUCCAGGGGAAGGGCCCGGAGCAGCUGCCGGAGGAGGCUGUCGCUGUCCCCGUCCCCGUCCCUGUCCCUGCGGAGCGCCCUGCGCGGCCUCUACGCCCUGACCCUGCUCCUGUCGCUGGCCGUGGCCGUGCUGGGAGCGCUGGCGUUCCGGAGGGUGGAUUCCAUCUCCAGCCGGAUCAGCUCGGCCCAGACCUUCUACGAGGAGAAGCUGCUCUCCAUCCAGGAGGAUCUCCAGGGCUUGGGAGAGAAGAGCUCUGGGAACGGCUCCCUGCGCCAGGACCGGGAUCAGCUGGGCCGGGACAUCUCCCAGCUGCGGGCCGAGCUGGAGCGGCUCCAGCAGUCGCUGCAGGGGCAGGAGGCGCAGCUGGAGCGAACCUCCCGGCUCCACUCCCGGCUCUCCGCGGCGGGCGCGGGGCUCGGGGCGCGGCUGGAGAGCUGCGCGGGCUCGGUGCGGGCGCUGGGCCGGGGCGCGGAGCUGCUGCUGGCCGGGGCCGGGCGGUGCCGGGCCGAGACCUCCCGGUUGGAAGCGGAGCUGCGGGAGCUCUCCCGGGACGGCCCCGCGCUGGAAGCGGCGCUGGAGCGGCUGAACGAGCGGCUGGAGCGGCGGCGGGAGCUGGGGGAGCUGCGGGAGCGGCGGGAGCGCGCCCGGGAGCUGCUCGGGAGCGCGCCCGGGGAGGGCGGAGGGGGCGGCGGGGUGCGGGAGCUGGCGCGGAGCCUGGAGGAGCUGCGGGAGCGGGUGGACAACGCCAGCGCCGCGCUGGAGGAGCAGCAAGACGAGCUCGGCGACGCCAGGUACCCCGAGAUUCCCGCCCGGAAUAAUAUGUGUCCUGCCCUGAGGGAUUUGGGGCCGCCCCACCACCUCCCAUCCCUUCCCCGCUCCCCUCCAGGCAUUUCUGACCCCACAAACCCCCCCCUUUCUCUCGCCCCCCCCCGCCACAGGUACCACCGGGGCCACGCCCAGAACCGCACGGCCGACGGGUUCCGGGCGCUGGAAGGGCUCCUGGAAUCCCACGGGGAGGAGGUCGGGACCAUCUCGGCCAACCUGGAGGCCACAGGCGGGCACGUGCUGGCCAUGCUGCGCUACCUGGGCUCCGUGCGGGAGUCCUGCGCCCGCCGCCUCCGCGCCCACGCCCGGGACCUCCUGCGGCUCAACGGGUCCCUGGCGGCGCUCCAGGGCUCCGCCGGGGUCCUGCGGGAGAGCUUCGGGAUCCUCGGCGCCCGCCUGGACGUCGGCGUCCGCAACCUGUCCCUGCUGCUCCAGGAGAUGAGGGCGGUGGACGCGCGGCACGGGGACGCGCUGAGGGACGUCGGCCUGCUCCGAGGCAUUCCGGGCCUCCCAGGCCCCCCUGGCCUCAAGGGGGACGUUGGAUCCAGCGGCCCCCCGGGAAUGGGGGGACAGAAGGGUGACAUCGGGAUCCCAGGAUCGCCGGGACCCCCCGGAGCCCCGGGACCCCCGGGACCCGCCGGCCCCCAGGGGGAACGGGGACCUCUGGGAACGAGAGGAUUCCCGGGGCUCAAGGGCUCCAAGGGCAGCUUUGGACUCUCGGGAUCCCGGGGCCAGGGCGGGUCCGAGGGGGAUCCCGGACCCCCGGGGCCGGAGGGGGAAGCGGGAAAGGCGGGACCCCCCGGCCCACAGGGAACACCGGGAAUGCCCGGGACCCCCGGGGCCACGGGACGGGCGGGGCCCGAGGGACCCAAGGGAGAGCCCGGGAUGAGGGGACCCCCGGGGCCACCGGGACCCCCCGGACCCCCGGGACAGUGACUGGGACAGAGGGGCCCCAAUUCCAUCCCCCGGGACAGUGACUGGGACAGGGGGUCCCCAAUUCCAUCCCCUGGGACCCCCAGGACAGUGACUGGGACAGGGGGUCCCCAAUUCCAUCCCCUGGGACCCCCAGGACAGUGACUGGGACAGGGGGUCCCCAAUUCCAUCCCCUGGGACCCCCAGGACAGUGACUGGGACAGGGGGUCCCCAAUUCCAUCCCCUGGGACCCCCAGGACAGUGACUGGGACAGGGGGUCCCCAAUUCCAUCCCCUGGGACCCCCGGGACAGUGACUGGGACAGGGGGGCCCCAAUUCCAUCCCCUGGCACCCCCGGGACAGUGACUGGGACAGGGGGUCCCCAAUUCCAUCCCCUGGGACCCCCAGGACAGUGACUGGGACAGGGGGUCCCCAAUUCCAUCCCCUGGGACCCCCGGGGCCACCAGGACCCCCCAGAUCCCCAGGACAGUGACUGGGGGGGAAUGGGGGGGGUCUCUAAUUCCAUCCCCUGGGAUAGUAAAUGGGACAGGGGGUCCCCUUUGUCACCUCCCAGCC